GAACGAGUCCGAGAGCGCGCGCGCGCGGCCCCUUCCCCCUCUCGGGUACGGCGGCCGGCAGCGGACACGCGAGCCAUGGACGCGAACGCGGAGGCGGGCGCCGCCGAGCUGGAGUGCGGCAUCUGCUACCUGCCCUACGACCGCCAGGCGCGCGCCCCGCGCCGCCUCGGGCCCGCGCACGGCGCCUGGCGCCGCCCCGCCCCCUGCCGCCACACGCUCUGCACCGCCUGCCUCUGCCGCCUGGCGCGCGACCAGGGCUGGGAGGCGGUCACGUGCCCCUUCUGCCGCACCUCCACCUCGCUGCGCGUGCGCAGCAGGGGCGGGGAGGCGGGGACUUGGAGGCGGAGCAGCAGCAGCCGGCGCCGAUUGGCUCUGCCCCCCGUCGAUCCCGAGCUCUGGAAGCGGAUUGGCCGGCCGGAAGGAGCGGAGGAGGAGGAGCCUGGCGAUGACGUACCGGAGGAGGCGGGCCAAUCGCGGCUGUGGCGGGCGCUGAAGAAGUUCCUAAGCGGCGGCGGGCGCCGCAGUAGCGCGCGGGAGCGGCAGCCAAUCAACCCCUACGGUCCAGAGAUGAAGGACCUCGCCCUCAUGACCUGCUACAUCAUGUGAGGCUCCAAGAGCUGGGGCUGGCUGUUCGUCAAAAGGCUUUGAAGACUCUCGGGGAAAAACCAGCUCUUCCCCUCUGCAGUGCUGGCUGCGCUUCCCCUCCGGGCAGGUAGUUACUGACAAACUGUCCGGUCUCAUCAGCUCUAUGGGACUCUACCGUAGCACUGGAGCUAGAGUUCCUGGUUCUCAUUAACCUGCGGAGAGAGAUUCGCGAGGCACCCGGGAUUGACGUGAUCGCCUGCGGCCUUGACUCAUCACUGCUCGUCUCCGUUGAAGCAGGGAGACUUGACGGGGGGCUGUCGGGUCGAAUCAGCAGCAGUUGGCAGAGGUGUCCAUUCCUGGAGAUCUCUGACCAGCCUCCAAACUGUUCAGCCAACAGCUUGUCUGGUUCUGACAUCUGCAGCCCCUGAAAUGCCUACGUGUCUGGCUCUUCCACUCUCCAGCCAGCGAUGCCACUGACCUACCUACCUACCAGCAGAUAUUGUAAAUAUCUCUGGUGAAAAGUCCUGUACGGGCAAAACCUGAGCCUCGAGUAUUAACGGAUUCAGACAAGGUUAAGUCUGCGUGCUAACGAACUAGUUAAAAAUACCCCCUCAAACCCAGGACCUCUUUCUCGGCGAAUCCCAAUGAAAAGCCUAUUGCUGUGGUGGUGGUGCCGCCAAAUUCUCUGCCGACCCUUAUCCUUUACCAUUGCACAGGUUAGCGGCCCGAUCUGCAGGCCGAAUUCCUGUCUGGCCCCAGUUCUGCAGUGCAGCGUGGGACUAUAUUGCAUGAGGCGAGGGUUUCAGACGAAGAGGCUGGCUUCUUGGUGCUCUCUGCUAUUGUAGCAUUUCUGUGAAAUGAAUUUAAAUAUGGAAGGGGUUGAAAUAGGGAAUGUCUGCGUCUGUUGUCUUUAAUAUUUGACUAUUGUAACUUAUAUUUAAUGUUAAUAAAACCUGAGAUGUCCACGCUCA